AUGUCAUUAUUGGCGCACAUGGAAGAAGAAGGCCACAACAACAGUCAAACAUUGGAUCUGACCUUCCCGCCUGAGUACGCCUUUGAUUCCAAUGCGGGACCGUACCCAUUCGGUGUCGAUCCAGUCUGGAACAUUGCCAUAAACAAGCUGAACUUUUUGAAUCCAAUGAAAAUGAAAACUUCCAUUAUUCUCGGAAUCGCUCAAAUGACCUUCGGACUUCUCUUAUCGCUUUGCAACCAUAUGUGA